AGUAUCAAACCUUUGAUUUGAGUUUAAUUUUCAUGCAACUUUUUUUUAUAUCUUUUUAAUUAUAUAAUCUGGAAUAAUUCUGACAAAUAUUAAUCCCAACAAGCAACGAGUCGAGUAUCUUAGUUUCGUCAAUUGUUAGGUAAUUUCCUGACACAGAGGCAAUUGGAUUUGGAGUGUCCUAGAUUCGCUUCCUGGUUUGGUUCGUACUAUUGUACUUGCUUUUACUUUCAUGGUUUCGGAGUUCUGAAUCAGAUAAUGUGCAAAGGAACCACUUUGUGGGUUCAGAAGCAAAGGGUGUCUGUGGGUUUUUGUGAAUUCAGAAGAGAAAGCAAGAAGAGUGUGCAUGAGCAUGAGUAGUGGAAGCAGCUGGUGGUGUGGUUUGAGGCCUGCUUCCUUCAACAUGGCAACCGAGUUUUCUGCUAGAGGAAACACUUCUGGAGGCAUUUUUGGCUCCUCUGCUAAGCCUAGGUCACUCAGGGUUCAGUCUUCUGAUGAAGAUGUUGAGGAUCUUCUCGCCAAUAAUGUUUCGGGCAGACCUUCUGGAACUGUUCUGCCCUAUGUUGGUGUUGCUUGCCUUGGAGCUAUGUUAUUUGGGUAUCAUCUUGGGGUAGUAAAUGGUUCUCUUGAGUACCUUGCCAAGGAUCUUGGAAUCAUCCAAAACACUGUUCUACAAGGAUGGAUUGUGAGUGCACUGCUUGCUGGUGCUACUGUUGGUUCUUUUACUGGUGGAACAUUUGCUGACAAAUUUGGCCGGACUAGGACUUUUCAGUUGGAUGCAAUCCCUCUGGCAAUUGGAGGGUUUCUUUGUGCUAGUGCUCAGACUGUUCAAACGAUGAUCAUUGGUCGCUUGUUAGCCGGUAUUGGAAUCGGUGUAGCAUCUGCAAUUGUACCACUUUACAUAUCUGAGAUUUCUCCAACCGAUAUUCGAGGUGCACUUGGAUCUGUUAAUCAACUUUUUAUAUGUAUUGGGAUUCUUGCAGCACUGCUGGCUGGUUUGCCUCUGGAGAGAAAUCCUAGAUGGUGGCGGACAAUGUUUGGUAUUACAGUAGUUCCAUCUUUUCUGUUAGCGCUUGGAAUGGCUAUUUCUCCAGAAAGUCCUCGGUGGCUUUUUCAGCAAGGAAAAUUAUUGGAAGCUGAAAAGGCUGUUAAAACACUGUAUGGAAAAGAAAGAGUGGCUUCGGUUAUGCAGGACCUGACAGCAGCAAGUGAAGGUUCAUCUGAACAAGAAGCUGGAUGGUUUGAUCUCUUUAGUAGUCGAUAUUGGAAAGUUGUCAGUGUAGGGGCAGCACUUUUCUUGCUACAGCAGUUAUCUGGAAUAAAUGCUGUGGUCUAUUAUUCGACUGCAGUUUUCCGCAGUGCUGGAAUUUCUUCUGAUGUUGCAGCAAGUGCACUGGUUGGUGCAUCAAAUGUGUUUGGAACUAUGGUUGCUUCGUCCUUGAUGGACAAGAAAGGAAGGAAAAGUCUCCUUAUUAUAAGUUUUAGUGGGAUGGGUGCUUCUAUGUUGCUUCUUUCUGUUUCAUUUACUUGGAAGGUUCUUGCACCAUAUUCUGGAACCCUUGCAGUUCUUGGGACUGUCUUCUAUGUUUUAUCCUUCUCUCUUGGUGCUGGUCCUGUGCCUGCUCUUCUUCUACCAGAAAUAUUUGCAUCUAGAAUCAGAGCAAAAGCAAUUUCUUUGUCAUUAGGCACACAUUGGAUCUCCAACUUUGUGAUUGGGCUGUAUUUCUUGAGUGUAGUAAACAAGUUUGGAAUUAGCAGCGUCUACUUGGGCUUUGCGACAGUGUGUCUUAUUACUGUGUUGUACAUAGCUCGUAACGUUGUUGAAACAAAGGGUCGAUCCUUGGAAGAAAUCGAACUUGCACUUAGCCCUUCAACCUAAAUACCACUUCACAAAUGCAUUUGAUCUUAAUUUUAAUUCUUCUCUUACAUUUUUUU